UGUUGAGUAGACUUUAAGGACUUCUUCAUUUAAAUACUAGCAAAUAUAUAAGUCGUUCCUCUUUUAUUCAGACAGGUGGUAGCAUAAUAAGUCCUGCUUCUCUGUUUCUUUUACUGAAUCUGUUUUACAGAACUCAUACGGAAACGGGUGGGUUGUUUGUUUUACAAACAUGUAGCAGAUUGGCCAUUUUAAAGGAUGCUUUAGAUAAAUCUCUAGACUGCAGUUGAUAAUCUUUGAGUUGUUUCUAGUGUUUUUUGCCAAAUGGUAUUAUGUGGAAUGAUUCUGUAUUAGGAUAAGGAUUUUGAAAUUAAGAGGGACUGAGGUUAAUAAGGUAUUUUUUGUUGUUUUGCAUUCAGUUAAAUGGGCUACACUAAUUGCUUCAAGCUAAUCUCUGAGUGGGCCCUUAGCUUCAGAAAAAUCUCUCCACUGCCCUUCAUGCUCUCUUGCUUCCCUUAUUGCUGGAGUAUCUAAAAGUAUCUCUUUCACUACUAUGAGAAUAUUUCAUUAUAAAAAUCCCUCCUGUCCUUAUUCCUAAUUUUUAAAUAAUAGAAACAAAUCUUGUUAACCAUUUGCAUAUGCUUCUCAUAAAUUAAAUGCAAAAAAUGACCAAAGCACAUAUCGUCCUCUUUUCAGCAUAUCACUUAGACUCCAUCCUCCAUCCGCACGUUCUUCCACUGAGUGCUCUUGAGUUGCCUCUUUCAUCCUCUCGUCACCAAAUAUGGCACCUAAGAGCUUAAGUUACAGAAGCCCUGUACCACACUUGACAUAUAGGAUACUCCCUUAUGGGAAACAGUUGAAAUCUGGAAAUUCAAAGUAGCUGCAGGUAUAUCACACCUGUUUCUUCUUGCAGCCCCACUGUAGGCGUCACUUCCCACUAAACCAAGAGUGCUCUCUUGUGAGUUGACUCAGCUUUUGAGAACUAACUCCUCGCUGUCCAGAACAGGUAGUAAAGUGAAGGUUCUUGAUAUCUGCUUGCACUUUUGUAGAACCUAGCAGUAGAAUGUGAAAAAGUACAGAAAUUGCCAGAAAUGUGAGUCUUAAGUAAUUUAUGAGGGAUAGAGACUUUCUCAUGGUUGGCUUUUUCACUGAUGUUACCACAGAUGUUUUCACAGAUGGUUAAGGUCAUUCUGUCUAUCAGAAACUGGCUCAAGAGAUUUCCCAUCUAGUUUUGAGAAAUUAAAACCUUUUUGUUCUGUGUUAUGGGGGACAACACAUGAUGGCCACCACAUCCAUUUUAUUGAUUGUACUAUAACUUCAUCUUGCAACUCUAGUUCUUGGUUCUCUUAUCCCUUCUUAGUCUGUUCUCCAACUGAUUAGUAGUGGUGGUGGCAGCAGUGCUGUCUUUAGUCCCAGGAGGUAGAGGCAGGUGGAGCUCUGUGAGUCAAGGCCAGCCAGUGCUAUAUAGUGACGUUUCAUUCAUAUAUAUAUAUAUAUAUAUGAAUAAUAUAUAUAUAUAUUAAGCAAAGUAGAGGUAGUACAGUGAAUUGUAUGCCCAGAGUUUCAGGAUUCUGAUAUAUUUAUUUAUUCUUGGUUGAAGCAUUUUAAAGCAAAUUUCUGACACCGUUUGUUUUACUCUAUUUUAGUUGUCAUUAAAAGUAUAUAUACUCCUAACAUCUAUAGUACCAUUACAUAACAGCCUAUUUUAGCUUUGAUUUUUUUUUUUUUUUUUUGAUAUUAUCUAGCAGCAAGUAGGCAGACUACUGGGUCAUUUGUCUACAAUAAGCUAAGAAGGACUUAUAGCUUAUACCCUUUGUUUUAUUUUGUUUUUUGUUUUUCGAGACAGGGUUUCUCUGUGUAGCCCUGGCUGUCCUGGAACUCACUUUGUAGACCAAGCUGGCCUGGAACUCAGAAAUCCGCCUGCCUCUGCCUCCCACGUGUUGGGAUUAAAGAUGUGUGCCACCACUGCCCAUCAGCUUAUACCCUUUUAAUGGUAUGUUCAUGAGAAUGGCAGUAUAUCUUAUUACACAUUCUCAGUUGCCUUAUAUGCUAAGCUAACAGCAUUUAUGCUACUGAUGCCCGUGUUUUUGAUUGAGUGAACUAUUGGAAGAGCCAAAUAGCCUGUACUUAAACAAGGAGUUAAGGAAACUUUGGCUUCUGACUAGAUUGUGAAGGCAAAUAAAGUGUUUGUGGUUCAUGCAGUUGAGGCCAGUUACUAGCCAAUCAUACAUUCCCCAAGGAAAUGAAGUGACUAAGGAUAAUGAAAAUAAUUCAGUCUGUCAAGUAAUUGAUGGUGAGUUUGAAUACAUGGCUUUUUGUCAAAAGGAUCAGAGUUCAGAUUCCCAUGUGAAAAGUUUAGAGUUGUAACACCAUAUACCUGAAAUCCUAGCAGUCGGGAGGAGAGAAAUCCUGCAAACUGGGUAAUUUACAACAAACAAAAACCGUACUGCUCAUAGUUCUGGAGCCUGAGAUGUCCCAGGUUAAAGUGCUGGCAUGUCCUCAGACCUUCUUGCUUUGUUUUUGUUUUCACGUGGUAGAAGGCAGCAUACAACAGAAAAGCAGAGAGAACCUUAGUAAGACUUCUUUAUGAGGAGCCCAGGCCCACAAUAAUGGCAUCAAUACACUGUAACAUAAAGACAGUGCCUCCAUGGCCUUGUUAUCUCCUGCCAGGAACAGUAUCACACUUUUGUAAUCCCAGAUAAUUGACAGGCUAAACCUGGUAUCUCUGAGUCUGGGACUUCAAGUUCAAGGCCAACCCCAGUAACAUUGUGAGACUUGUCUCAAAGACAAAACAAAAAUAUUUUAAGAAAACACCUGCUUUAUAUUAUAUUGGCAAUUAAUUAAGCAUGAAUUUUGUUUUAAUAAGGUGUUAAACUAUAUGAGAAAAUGAUCAAGUAUGCAUUUUAUUCUUAACAGCUCUUAGAGGAAGAAUUGGAUGGGGAUAAGAAUGAAGGCAGAAAGAUUCUAGAGGGCAGGAGUCAAGGCCUAGAAGUUGAUGUUUAUACUAUAAAAUCAGCCUUAAAGGAUGCUUUGCAUGCAAAUGAGAGAAGAAGACAGAACAAUGGGGUGGAUAAUAGGAUCUAUCUGUAUUUGGAUAAAAGGUUUUGAACCAAAGAUACAUUUCUAACAGACAGCUUCUAGGAGUGAUAGAGGUCAUAUAUAGACAGAGCUGUCUGUCCAGAGGGGAGUAGUUCUGCAGAGUCAAGAGGAAAGAUUAAAUGAGGGGAGCAGGCACAUCUGAACACCAGCAGCUCUGGGAAGGAAGCACCUUAUCUAGAAAAAGUGAGUACAGUGUGCUCUGAGGUAAAGAAAUCCACUUGAGUAGAUGAGGCUUAAAGGGAGAUGAGCCACUAAACAAACAGGAUGGUGAAGGUAAUACACAAGGGAAGCGGAGUGGAUGGAGUUCUAAAUGGUUUUUCUUUCUUUUUUUUUUGAUAUUUUAAAAGCUUUAUAUUUGAAAAUAAUAAAUGUACAGAAAAAUUCUAAGAAUAACAACAGCAAAAGAAGGGGGAUAGAGAGAUGGCUCACCUGUUAAGAGCACUGGUUCUUCAGAGGACCAGGAUUCAGUUCCCAGCACCUGAAAGGUGGCUCACAGUAGUCUUUAUCUUCCUUUCUAAGGUAUCCAACUCCUGGCUUCUUCAGUCACCAGCCACACAUACAUAUAAGCAAACAUUCAUAUACAUUAAAAUAAAUUUUAAAAAUAGUGAAAGAAACUUUUAUUCAUAUUCACCCGUUCUUAAUAUUUUAUUUAAUUUUGUCCUCUUGCGUUCAUAAGCAUUUCCCCCCAAGUUGAGGAUAACUUAAUACAUCAUAGUCCAUCAACCAUAGAUAUAUUGUUGUAUGUUUUUAAAUUUAAAAAUUAAAUUUCAAUUAUUUAUUUGUAUGUAUGUACACAUUUGUGCACAGCACACCUGUGGGAGUCAGUAGACAAAUUGUGGGAAUUUGUUUCUUCCACCAGGUUGGUCCUGACAGACCCAAAGGCCUGCUGAGCCAUCUCAGGAUAUUUUUUGAAGGAUAGGUAUUUUUUUUACCUAACUACAGUACAGUUGUCAAUUUCAGUAAACUUAAAGUUAAUAUUUCUUUUAUUUUCCAACUUUGUCAGCUGGCACUUUUUGGUUGUUGUUGUUUGGGUUUGUUUGUUUGUUUGUUGAGACAGGUUCUUACUGUGUAGCUGUGGCUAUCCUAGAUCCCACUAUGUAGAGCUGGCUUUGCCCUCACAGAGAUCUGCCUGCCUCUGACUCCCAAGUGUUGGGAUUAAAGGUUUGCUACCACACCCAGCUCUGGCAUUGAAAAAAAAAAAAGAAAGAAAAAAUGUUUGGCUUCUUUAGCCUGUAACAUUUCUAGAACUUUUCUUUGUCUUUUGAAGGUUUGAAAAAUAGAACUCCUCCUCCCCCCACAGCCCUUUUAAUAGAAUAGUCUUCAUUUUGAAUUAAUCUGUUUUCUUAUGGUUCAGUUCAUGUAAUAAAUUCUUCUAGGUUCUGUCCCUCUCAGGAUGUCAUUACAGGAAGCAUAUGAUGUAACUCUGUUCUCACUAGAAAUAUUAUUGUAGAACAUCUGUCAAAGCUUGCCUAAUUUCAUGCAUAAUUACUGUUUUCUCUCUAAUGAACAUUCUGAGAAGGAAUAUUUAAAUUCAGAAAAUAGCCUGUUCUUUGUCGGAAUUUCUCCCCAGACUUAGAAUUCAUUGGUCACUUUUGUUAUCUACUUUUCACUCUGAUAGUUAUAGGAUGCUAAUUUAUUCUGUUGUAAUCAAGAGGUCGCCCCUUUUUCCUGGCUUUUGUCUGUGGGGACUUGUGUAGUCCUGAUUUAGUAGCUUGUCAUUACUGUGCUUACUUGUUCCUAAACUGGAUGGUCAGGCUGGCUUUUGUAGUCUUACAGAGCGCUCCACUCAGCGUUUCUGUUCUUUCCUUACUCGCUGGUAAACACCACACACAGCUCAUCCUACAGCUCUGUUCCUUGCCACUUCUUUGAAGACUUUCUUCUGAAUAAGGGAUACUAGAAGAAACCAAAACUUGAAGCGCUUAUACCACUGUGAUGAUAGUUUUCCUUUUGGCUUGCUGGCAACCAGUGCUAAGGGAUAUUAUCUAUGUAGAAGUAAAACUCUUAUGUUUCCUAGCAUCUGUACUUUUCCACUUUCUGAUGAUAUAAUACUGUACAUCCUGGAAAUGACUACCUUGUCGAUGAGACGUUGUACUUCUCUAGUACUCCUCUGUGUGUAUUUCAUAGCUUAGGAAGUUGAAAUGGAAGGUCUAAAAUUGAAAAGUAAAUGGAUGGAAAAUCUGAUAUAUGUGGACAUGGCAGAGUAUAGAUAAGGUGAAGAAACUGCUGUACAAAGAAGUUAAAUAGCUAUCCCAAAGGUCAUAUAAUGUCAUAUUUGAAGACAACCAUGGAGGAUGAGGAGUCGUCUAAAAAGAAUGAAAAUGAUUCAAAUGCAGACUCUCAGUGCCCAAGUGUGGGAUUUUUUCAUAAGGAUCAUAUGCAGAAAUCUAAGACCGGUGACACUUGUGACUUGUUUCCUAAAUGGAAAAUACUGAAGGAAGGCAAAAGUAGUAUCAGAGAAAUGAUUGACACACAUACAAACGCAGCAAAUAUAAAACUAGAGCAGGAUGAUGAGACAUCUGAGAAAAGUUUCUACCCAAGUACAAAUACAAUGCACCAGACUAUCCCCACAGAACCAAAUUGUACUAAACAAGGUGAGCACACAGAGAACAUUAAUGGAAACGUACACCCUGCUCAUAUUGCUGAUAAGAAAUUACAUAAGUGUGAUGAGUGUGGAAAAUCCUUCAAAUACAAUUCUCGUCUUGUUCAACAUAAAAUUAUGCACACUGGAGAAAAGCGCUACGAGUGUGAUGACUGUAGGGGGACUUUUCGGAGUAGCUCCAGUCUUCGAGUCCACAAGCGCAUCCAUACUGGGGAAAAGCCCUAUAAGUGUGAUGAGUGUGGCAAAGCCUACAUGUCCUACUCUAGCCUUAUAAACCACAAAAGCACUCAUUCUGGGGAGAAGAACUGCAAAUGUGACGAAUGUGGAAAAUCCUUCAAUUAUAGUUCUGUUCUGGACCAGCAUAAAAGGAUCCACACCGGAGAGAAGCCCUAUGAAUGUGGUGAGUGUGGAAAGGCCUUCAGAAACAGUUCUGGUUUGAGAGUCCACAAAAGGAUCCACACAGGGGAGAAGCCCUAUGAAUGUGAUACCUGUGGGAAAACCUUCAGUAAUAGUUCUGGCCUGAGGGUCCACAAAAGGAUCCAUACAGGUGAGAAACCCUAUGAAUGUGAUGAAUGUGGGAAGGCAUUCAUUACUUGCAGAACACUUCUAAAUCAUAAAAGCAUCCACUUUGGUGAUAAACCUUAUAAAUGUGAUGAGUGUGAAAAAUCUUUUAAUUACAGCUCUCUCCUCAUUCAGCAUAAAGUCAUCCACACUGGUGAGAAACCUUAUGAAUGUGAUGAAUGUGGGAAGGCCUUCAGGAACAGCUCAGGCCUUAUAGUGCAUAAAAGGAUCCACACAGGAGAGAAACCUUACAAGUGUGAUAUCUGUGGCAAAGCAUUCAGCUAUAGUUCAGGCCUUGCAGUCCAUAAAAGCAUUCAUCCUGGAAAGAAAGCCCAUGAAUGUAAAGACUGUGGCAAGUCCUUUAGUUAUAACUCACUUCUUCUUCAGCAUAAGACCAUUCAUACUGGAGAAAGACCUUAUGUAUGUGAUGUGUGUGGCAAAACGUUCAGGAACAAUUCAGGUCUCAAAGUUCAUCGGAGACUCCAUACUGGGGAAAAACCAUAUAAGUGUGAUGUAUGUGGGAAGGCCUAUAUCUCACGCUCAAGCCUUAAAAAUCACAAAGGAAUCCACAUGGGGGAGAAGCCCUAUAAAUGCAGCUAUUGUGAGAAAUCUUUCAACUACAGUUCUGCCCUUGAACAACAUAAAAGGAUUCAUACAAGGGAGAAGCCCUUUGGGUGUGAUGAGUGUGGAAAAGCCUUCAGAAACAAUUCAGGCCUUAAAGUACAUAAGCGAAUUCACACAGGGGAGAGACCUUACAAAUGUGAAGAAUGUGGAAAAGCCUACAUCUCACUCUCAAGCCUUAUAAAUCAUAAAAGUGUACACCCUGGGGAAAAGCCCUUUAAGUGUGAUGAGUGUGAGAAAGCCUUCAUCACAUACAGAACACUUCUAAACCACAAAAAAAUUCAUCUUGGAGAAAAGCCCUAUAAAUGCGAUGUGUGUGAGAAAUCUUUUAACUACACCUCACUCCUUUCUCAACACAAAAGAGUUCAUACUAGAGAGAAACCCUUUGAAUGUGACAGGUGUGAGAAGGUCUUCAGAAACAACUCAAGCCUUAAAGUGCAUAAAAGAAUACACACUGGGGAGAAGCCCUAUGAGUGUGACAUAUGUGGAAAAGCCUACAUCUCACACUCAAGCCUUAUUAACCAUAAAAGUACACACCCUGGCAAGACGUCCUAUACAUGUGAUGAAUGCGGAAAAGCAUUUUUCUCAAGCAGAACUCUUAUAAGCCAUAAGAGAGUCCAUCUUGGGGAAAAGCCCUUCAAGUGUGUUGAGUGUGGGAAGUCGUUCAGCUACAGCUCACUUCUUUCCCAACACAAGAGGAUCCACACAGGGGAGAAACCUUAUGUAUGUGAUUGGUGUGGGAAGGCAUUCAGGAACAGCUCAGGCCUCACAGUACAUAAAAGGAUCCACACAGGAGAGAAACCCUAUGGGUGUGAUGAAUGUGAAAAGGCAUACAUUUCACACUCAAGUCUUAUUAAUCAUAAAAGUGUCCACCGUGGAAAGCAGCCCUAUAAUUGUGAGUGUGGGAAAUCUUUCAAUUACAGAUCUGUCCUUGACCAACAUAAAAGAAUCCACACUGGAAAAAAGCCAUAUCGAUGUAAUGAUUGUGGGAAGGCAUUUAAUAUCAGGUCAAACCUUACCAAGCACAAAAGAAUCCAUACAGGAGAGGAAUCUUUAAAUAUGGCAAAUAUGGAAAGUCAUAGUGGCACAUUCCAGAAGAUGAUCUACUAUGAGGGAGGGAAUUCUCUGGAUGGGACCAGAAUGCAGAUGCCUGUGUGGGAGGCAGAGCAUGCCAAGUCUCAAAGAAAUCAAAUAGAAGAAAAACUUUAUGAAUAUAACAAUUUCUGAGGUCCUUAGUCAUGGUUUAUAAUUUUCAUAGUAUGAGUGAAAGAAAGAAUUCUAAGUGCUCAUGAACAAUUCUAUGUGAUUCAGUUAUAGCAAGAACAGUUUUAGUGUCAAAAUAGUCGAACACUUUAGGACUAUAAAAUACCACUGGAUUUAAAGCCUUUAAAAGUGGCGGAACAUUUAAAAAAUAUAAUCUGGACAUAAAACAUAAAGAUAAGGGUCUUUAGUUAGAAAUCAUUCACUACAAAGAUCCUAUUUGGAUAAAUAAGUGAAUAAGAAUGUAUAAAGUUGGUAUAAUUUUGAGCUCUAUACUUCAGUCAGUGGAAAAAAGAUCCAAGAAGGGCCUCCAACAGGCAAAUUCAGGGAGAGGAUGGUUUCAGGGAAUAUCAGUUUAUUAGUGGGUCAUGAAUUAUAGACUUAACAGUAAUGGUUUGUGGUAGGAAGAUCACAACUUCUGAAACACUUUGGAUGUCCUAGGAAAAGAAAAGGCAUAAUCUGUGACAUAAUCACUUCAAAUGCAUAUUAGUUGAAAUAUACUAUUAAUUGAACUGGUAAGACUAAAGUUUCAAAUGAACUCCCUUAAUAGAUAAUAUAUAUGGUAAAUGAAAACCUGGAAGGUGACAUUCACAUAUACUGAAAGAAUGGAAAGGAUUUUAGUAUCUUCAGUUAAGUAAUGGAACACAUCUUCAACAUGAAUUUGCACCUUACAGAAAACUUUCAGGGAAUCCUAUGAAUAAAAAAAAAAUGUUUCAAAGGAUGGCUUUUUAUUACAAGAGCUAAAUAAGUACCAGUAAUUAAGAAGAAAUUCAUGUUUUAAAAACAAUACUUUGUUUCAGAAAGCAUUGUAAAAAUGUUAUGUACGACAUACAUGUGUAUAUUGUCUGUAGUAAAAUAUGAAUAUGUUCAAAACUCACUUGGCCAUAAAGGCCAAAUAGUUAUGGCAAGAUAAGGGGUAAAAACAAUAAAUGCCUCAAAUGUAAA